GACUUGAAGAGGAUUGACGAACUUGUCUUAAAACAUAAAGAAAGAAAAAAAAACAGAGAAAGAAAGAAAGAGUGAAGCAACCGUUAUUCUCAGACUUUUAUCAAACUGCCUCUUCCUGCAUCGUUGAACUAUCUCUCUCAGAUCGCUACACAGAUUUCUGAAUAACAACAUAUUAUGUAAAUUGUAUGUAAAUAAUAAUCAUUUUGAACAAAUAUGACUGAAUUGAUGGACCUUCACGUUGAUUUGAUGAUCAAUAUAUUCUUAAGAUUAGAUGCGAAACCCUUGUUGCAAUUCAAGAGUGUAUGCAAAUCAUGGUACUAUCUAAUCAGCUCCCCUAAUUUUGCCGAACUUCAUCUUGAUCAAACCCUAGCUCAAUCGAAUCCGAACGUCCGCUUUGUUUUCUCUGCUCCCCAUCUCUCUUCCGCUGAAUUCGACACUUUUGAUCGAGUGAAAGAGCUGGACAACCCCUUUCGGGAUCAGGGUUUCGCCCAUGUGGUGGGUUCUUGCCAUGGGUUGCUCUGCCUCUGUAAUUAUGAUCUGCACCUUACUAUCCUCUUGUACAAUCCCACAACUCAAACUUACAGAAAACUGCCAUUUUUGUCUAAACCCUCGAGCUUAUCUCAUCGCUACUCCUUUGGGUUUGGAUAUGAGAAAGAGUCGAAAGACUAUAAGUUUGUUAGGAUUCUCCAAUCCAAUGAGGGAACAGGUCCAUUCAAGAGCCAAGUCAUGGUUUACAGUUUGAAAACAGAUUCAUGGGUGAGGGCUCCUGAUGUUCCUUCCCCAUUUUUUUCCUACCGUGAAGAUGGUGUUCUUGUUAAUGGAACUUUGCAUUGGGUACAUGAAUUUGUUCAUAAGGAUGAAAAGCGUUAUUCGAUUCUUGGGUUUGGUCUUGGUAACAAUAGCUUUAAUGAGGUGCCUCAGCCUAAGUUUGAGGAACAGUUUAUCAACUUGCGUGUAGGGGUGCUUGAUCGGUGUUUAUGUCUUACGGUGAAUGACUUGGAUUACUCGGAUAUAUGGGUAUUGAAGGAGUAUGGUGUGGUUGAAUCCUGGACUAGGCUGUACAAAGUUAAGCAAUCACAACAGCUUAUGUUUCUUGAGUGGCCAAUUGCCUAUUCAUUGGAUCGACAGAAGCUGUUUCUACAGCUCAAUACUUGGAGGGUUGUUUCACUUGACUUGCAAACUAUGGUGGUGAAGGAUGUUAAGGUCUGCGAUUUCCCUAGAUGUUUUGACACUCAAGUUUGUAUAGAGAACCUCAUUAUGUUGAAGAAUUCUGGAAGUGAAGCUCUAGACCAACAACAGGAAAAGAAGAAGAGGAGGCGGCGAAGGAGGAGACAUAUGCAUCAAAGAAGAAACAUUAGUGUUGAUGAAAAUUUGCAUGAGAAUGUGGAGAGCUGAUGCCUUAAAUGGGAGAAAGUACAAACAAGAAACCUAAAAAGGGCCAGAAUUCUUUCUGAAAGGUUGUUUCCUCUAUGUUGGUGGUGCUUUUUCAAAAAUAAAUAAAUAAAGAUCAUUGGCUUCUUAUCUGCAAUGUUGGCUUGUUGCUGACUGUGGCGUGGGCCGUGACCCGUGACCCGCGAACCGUGGGGUUAUUUUUUCGGCUUCAGAGAACAAUGAUGUAAGCAAGAGAUGGCUGAAAGCUUUCUCUCUUUCCCAGUUUAAUUCAAAAUAGUUUCUGCUGUAUACUUGUCAUUUUCAAAUUCGACCUGAUUUCCUGAAAGAAAAACCUGUAUAUACAUCUCUUGGAGAUUCUAUGUAAAAACAGAAAAAAGGUUAUGUGAUUAAUAUUAUGUCUUACAGACUUGAAAUUGUAUAUUCUCCAUGUUACAUCCUAGUUCCAUUUCUGAUAAUCUAAAGCGUGUCUUAUUUUA